CCAAACGAAUUUAAGACUUCUACCAAGCAUGAACCACAGAGACAUUUUCCCUUUAUAAAACGUUAUAAGAUAGUGCAUGCUCAUCCCAUAUUCUAUCUUAACCUCAUCUUACACUCCACAGAAAAUUUGGAGAUGAGUUACUCUGAAACAAGGAAGCCACAUGCUGUGUUGGUUCCACUUCCAUUUCAAGGCCACAUCAAUCCUAUGUUCCAACUAGCCAAGUUGCUUCACCUUAGAGGCUUCCACAUAACCUUUGUCAACACUGAAAACAAUCACAAACUCUUGCUCCAAUCAAUGCCUCCCAAUGCUCUUGAUGGCCUCCAAGACUUUUGCUUUGAGACCAUCUCAGAUGGACGUGGUGAUAGUCAAGACAUAUUCUCUAUUUGUGAAUCAAUAAGAAAACACUUGCUCUUACCCUUUUGUGAACUUCUUGCUAGACUUAAUGAUUCUGCCACUAAGGGUCUUGUUCCUCCAGUUACUUGCUUGGUUUCUGAUUGGUCCAUGAGUUUCACCCUACAGGCUGCUGAACAACUUGCACUCCCUAUUGUUCUAUUACCAGCUGCCAGUGCAUGUUUGUUUUUGUCUGGUUUGCACUUUCAAACUCUUUUUGAUAAAGGUCUCAUACCACUCAAAGAUGAGAGUUGUUUGACAAAUGGGUAUUUGGACACAAAAGUGGACUGCAUUCCAGGUAUUAAAGACUUUAGACUGAAGGACCUGCCAGACUUUAUAAGGAUAACAGAUCCAAAUGACUUUAUGGUGAAUUUUCUUAUUGAAAACGCAAAUAAUGUGCCCAGGGCCUCUGCUAUUGUUUUAAAUAGUUUUGAUGAACUUGAGAGUGAUGUUUUGAAUGCUCUCUCCUCAAAGUUCCCUUCCCUCUACCCAAUUGGCCCUUUCUCUUCAUUUUUAAGUCAAAGUCCUCAGAAGAACCACUUGACAACUUUAGGUUCCAGUCUUUUGAAGGAAGAUAUUGAGUGUCUUGGAUGGCUUGAAUCCAAGGAACCAAAUUCUGUUGUUUAUGUGAAUUUUGGUAGCACCACAGUUAUGUCACAAGAAAAAUUUCUAGAGUUUGCUUGGGGUUUGGCCAACAGCAAGAGACCAUUUUUGUGGAUCAUUAGGCCUGACCUUGUCAUUGCUGGAUCAGUUAUGUUACCAUCUGAGUUUGUCAGUGAAACUUCAGAUAGAGGCCUAAUAACAGGCUGGUGUCCACAAGAACAAGUGCUGAACCACCCUGCAGUUGGUGGAUUCUUGACACACUGUGGAUGGAACUCAACAGUUGAAAGCAUUUGUGCUGGUGUGCCAAUGUUGUGUUGGCCUUUUUUUGCUGAUCAGCCAACAAACUGUAGGUAUAUUUGCAAUGAAUGGGACAUUGGGAUUGAAAUUGAUGCCAAUGUGAAGAGAGAGGAGGUGGAGAAACUGGUCAAUGAAUUGAUGGAGGGAGAGAAAGGAAAGAAGAUGAGAGAAAAGGUUAUGGAGUUGAAGAAGAAGGCAGAAGAGGACACUAGACCUGGUGGUCGUUCAUACAUGAACUUGGACAAAGUGAUUAGUGAUGUGUUGCUUAAAAAAAUGAGUAAAUAGUCACUUCAGAAUCUGGAAGAUGUAGACAUAUUAGUCCUUGAUAAGUUCUUGGAAGUGAAAAUUUACAUUCUCAUUAUAGUCCAAAACUAAAAUAAAAAUGUGAUUGUAAUGAUUUACAUUCGAUUAUAGUAUAAAACUAAAAUAAAAAUGUGAUUGUAAUGAUAAUAUUGAUAUAUGUUCAUAAAAAUGAAAGUUUUUUUUA